AUGCCAAGCGCAGACGUCGAGCUCUUCUCGCCCAACACCCAUCUGCUCUCAUUUCAGCUACGCAACGGAAUCAACAUACACAGGUUAAAAAACAAAGUUGGGACUCAUGCGCUCCCGACGGCCGAACUCGAACUCGAGGACGAACUCGAACUCGAGGACACAAUCGGCUUUCUCCUCAUCGCCCCGACUUCGAUCGGAAAUCUCGCGAAAUGCCUCGCUAUCGCACGGUCCUAUGCUCAGGUCCGACAGGUGGCCGAUCCAGCUCCGGGACGGGUCGGAGGUCAAGCUUUAUUGGUUGAUGUACCACUGCAUACAGCCACCUUGGCUCGGGUCGAGGUUCUCCGACAUGCGCUAACCCAUUUUUUGUUUGGAGUCGUGGAGUUGUUGGGAGCCUCCGAGGCUGGGACGGCAACGAACAGCGAACGUGUACGGUUACGUCUCUUGACGCCGGUUCUCAAAGCGUUCGCGGCUGACCGUGCAGUAGGCGGGAUGGAAGAAUGCAUGGCGGCGCUAGGAGGACUUGGGUACAUGGAGGAGACCGGAAUAGGGAAGACGAGACUGAUCCGAGACUCGCUCGUGGAGAAGAUCUGGGAAGGGACGGUCAAUGUGCUCGCACUGGAUAUGCUGCGCGCUAUGCGAGGAGGAGACGCCAUCAAGGCCUUUUGCGAAUGGUCGCGAGCUAUUAUCGCCCGGUACCCCGGACCCUCUAUCAACCUCAUCAAACGACGACUGACACUGCUCGAAAGUCUAAACCCCAGCAGCUGCAGUUCACACGCGCGCCAGGCCCUAGUGCUCGUGGCACAUCUCGCUUCCGCGUCAUAUCUAUUACAGCACGCACAGUGGUCUCGACUCGAGCUAGACGCUGUGAUCGCCCAACGCUGGAUCGAGGAGGAGCUCGAGGGGAAGCUUGUUUGGGACGCAGACCAAGACUGGAACAAGAUGAUAGUGUACCAGUCCAAAGCAGGCGAGGAUGUGUGGUGGGGUGGCAAGGCUGACCGCCGACCGAUCGACCCGCCGCCUAUUGUGCAGCUGCGAGUGAUCGAUCCGAAUGGGACACCGUCGCGGCCCGGAUCACCUGCGUCGUCGCAGUCAUACCUUCAGAACCCAUACUAUUUCAUGUUUGCCAGUCUGGCGAGCGUCGACACGGACGAUGAGCUCCAUCUGCUCAAGGAUGGCAAGACACGAUGCACGACAGGUUCGGUUGUGUCCUCGCUCUAUCAUCUCAAGGAUACCGAGAAUGGCGGUCAAGACGCCGGAUUCUUUGUCUUUCCCGACUUGUCCGUCCGCACAGAAGGUUCAUACCGCCUCAAGCUUACGCUCUUCGAGGUCCACGGGGCGACUGUGCACCACUGCAGGUCCAUCUACUCGAAUCCGUUCUAUGUGUUUACGGCCAAGAAGUUCCCAGGCAUGGAGGAGUCGACGUCGCUAUCGUGUUCGUUGGCGGACCAAGGGAUCAAAAUCCGAAUUCGCAAAGACAUACGAGUACGGAAGCGACCAGUCCAACCGCCAACUCGAAUGCGCUCGCACCGCACGGAGGCGGAAACCCUUUUGCCGGAGGAGGCACCAUGGUUGUUCCCCUCGACGACGACGAACAGCCACCCGUUCCGAGCGGCAGCAACAUUCCUCAGGGUGCGCCCCCAGGCCAGCUCCCCCACCGCCCCCGCCCCUCCCGCACCCACGACAAAUACACCGGCCCCUGUCCGUCCCCCGACAUCGAAUGCGAACCACCCGAUCCCCCCGAGUGGGAUUGGCCUUCCUCCCCCUGUGCCUGGAGGUGCUCUCCCACCGCCACCACCACCAUGGCCAGCCCAUUCCACGACACCCGGCCCCACCAAUAUGCCUCCCCCCGCGAACAUUCCCGCCAACAUACAACAUCCUCCUGCGCCCGACCCGAUCCCCCCGAGUGGGAUUGGCCUUCCUCCCCCUGUGCCUGGAGGUGCUCUCCCACCGCCACACCACCACCAUGGCCAGCCCAUCCCGACACCCGGCCCCACCAAUAUGCCUCCCCCGCGAACAUUCCCGCCAACAUACCAUCCUCCUGCGCCCGGUCCGGGGCCAAACAUGAGUGCACCGAUGAACAUGAACAUGGGUGCUAUUCCCCCUCACGCCCACAACAUGCCCCCCGGCCCUGUGCAGAACCACCAGAUGCCGCCUCACAACAUGGCACCGUCUUCAUCCCAUCCAAUUCCACCCCACGGAAUGCCGCCCACUAUGCCUCCACAUCAGCACCAGCACCAGCACCAUCAGCCGAUGCAUCCCCCCGCAAGCGGACACGGAAUGCCCCCACCUCCCAUGCCUCACUCGCAGCCGCCCGGUCCUCCCCCUCCGGGACAUGUCAUGCAGUCCUCCCCGCCCCCGCCUGCUCACGGUCCCGCACCCGGCAUGCCCCCACCUCCACCCGAACGUUAG